AUGGCCGAUUCUUCCCACGACGCCGAAGCAUUCGACUUCAAGCUCUACCGCUACGAUCCUUCACUAGCAGCAGCAAUUGUCAGCGUUGCAGUUUUUGCCAUUCUCACAGCGGCGCAUACAUGGCGGUUAUUCCGUGUGCGGGCUUACUACUUUACCGCGUUCACAAUCGGUGGACUCUUUGAAACGAUAGGUUACGCCGGUAGAAUAUGGGGUCACUUCGAUAAACUCUCCGUCGGCGGCUUCGUCCUCCAAGCCAUUCCCAUCCUCGUCGCACCCGCGCUCUUCGCCGCAUCGAUAUACAUGAUCCUCGGCCGAUUGAUUCGAACUGUUGGCGCGUCUCAUCUAUCGCUCAUACCUGUUCAAUGGGUUACACGCAUCUUCGUCACAGGCGAUGUUAUCGCGUUUAGUCUCCAGGCUGGCGGCGGAGGCAUUCAGUCAGCCGGCACACUGGACCUUUACAACAUGGGCGAGAAGAUCAUUGUUGCCGGAUUGUUUGUUCAGAUCGUGGUCUUUGGCUUCUUUGUUGUCACUUCGUUCCUUUUCCACUGGCGAUUGAUGAGGUGUCCUACUCCCGAGUCUGUGCGAGGUGUCGUUCCGUGGAAGCGAUAUCUAUACGUUCUUUACGUGUCGAGUUUUCUUAUCCUCGUCCGAAGCAUUUUCCGAGUGGUGGAAUAUCUCCAAGGCAACAGUGGAUAUCUCAUUUCGCACGAGGUCUACUUGUAUGUGUUUGAUGCUAUUCUGAUGGCGCUGGUCAUGGCCAUUCUUGUUAUCUGGUAUGUCGAUUCUUUGCAGAAAGAUGUCAAGACGACUUCGGAUGCCGAGAACGUGGAAUUAUCAUCAUACGACACCUCGGAAAUGGUUGAAGAGCCCCCACGAAGGAAGUCUCAGCGAAGGAAUUAG